UCUGACCCACACACAUAUGACUGUAAACAUGUCUUUGCGACAUGGAACUGCGAAAAGGGUAUUGAACACUUCACUCCUUUACGUGUUGUGCCUUUUGUGCACAUGGAUCCGAGCGGAAAUACGCACCGUUAUUAUUGAUAAUCAGUCUGGACAGUUAUCCGUACUUGAAGGAUAUCGUGACGAUUUCGUCGCGUGGGCGAACUUUACUGAUGACAUCAAAAACUCGGGUUGGUCAUUUUUAGAAGUCACAACCAGCAGACAGUACAAUGACAGUAUCCAGGCUUAUGCAGCUGGGGCAGUGGAAGCUUCUGUUACAUCCCAGCUGAUUUACAAGCACUGGAUGAAUACCCUUGUGGGUUACUGCGGACCCUUUACUUUUGAGUCUGAGUAUUGCCAGCGGCUCAAGAGUUACAUCACAACAAACCUGCAAUGGAUUCAGGAACAAAUACAGGGACGGCCCAACGUCCCGUACUGGCACCAGGUACACCUGGCACUGCUGCAGCUAAAGGGACUUGAAGACAGUUAUAAUGAGCAGUUGUCAUUUCCCAAAGACUCUUUUUCCAUUAAUCCAUUUGGUUUCCUAUUGUUCCAAAUGGGUGGUGAUCUUGAGGACUUGGAGUCAGCCCUGAACAAAUCCAGCCAAACACGACCCCUUGGAUCAGGCUCAUGUUCUGCACUAAUCAAGCUCUUGCCAAACAAUAAGGAACUGCUGGUGUCACAUGACACCUGGAACACAUACCAAUCCAUGCUGCGCAUCAUGAAGAAAUACAACUUUGCCUUCAACAUGUCUCCUAUGGAUAGCAGUCAGCCUCCUGGAGGAAUCCAGGCAUUUUCUUCUUACCCUGGAUCCAUCUUUUCUGGUGAUGACUUCUAUAUCCUAAGUAGUGGCCUGGUUACCUUGGAAACCACAAUUGGAAACAGCAAUCCUGCUCUCUGGAAAUUUGUUAAUCCCACAGGAGCGGUUAUGGAGUGGUUGAGGAACAUCGUAGCCAAUCGACUGGCUGCAACUGGCAAGGAGUGGGCAGAGAUCUUCAGCAUGUACAACAGCGGAACGUAUAAUAAUCAGUGGAUGAUUGUGGACUACAACAAGUUCACUCCAGGGAAGACCGAUAUCACCAAGCAGCUCCUCACUGUGCUGGAGCAGAUUCCGGGCCUGGUUGUUUACACUGAUAAAACUCCUGAACUGAUGGAGAAAGGAUAUUGGGCAAGUUACAACAUUCCGUACUAUGUGGAGGUAUUCAAUGCUAGUGGCUGUAAUGAGCUGGUUGAGAAAUAUGGUCCAUGGUUCUCUCUGCACCAAAACCCUAGAGCUCGGAUCUUCAGAAGAAAUCAGACAGCCGUUACAGAUUUUGAUUCAAUGGUCCGUCUUAUGAGGUACAAUAAUUUUAAGGAAGACCCAUUGUCACGAUGUGAUGGUUGUAAUCCACCAGCUAAUGGGGAAAAUGCCAUCGCUGCCCGUUCUGACCUGAACCCAGCCAAUGGGACAUACCCAUUUGAUGCCCUGGGGCAGAGGCCACAUGGAGGAACAGACAUGAAGAUGACAUCAUAUACAAUGUUUCGGGAGUUUGGCAUGCUGGCAGUUAAUGGACCAACCUGGGAUCAAGUGCCACCUUUCCAGUGGAGCACUUCCCCUUACAAAGACUUGGUCCACAUGGGUCACCCUGAUAUUUGGGCAUUCAAGCCAAUACAAGUCACCUGGUCUCCUUAAUUGGUCUCAUACCCACUGACAAGGGAAAUUAUGCUUUUAAUCAAGUGAGUUACAUGACCUGAACAAAGGAGUAUUGCACUACAUAUUUAGAUAAAUGAAAAACAUGGGAAAUUAAAGAGAGUUGGGAU